ACGCGACCAGUCACUUUGUCUGCCUUGCAUUCACACCAGAGGCCAAGCUCCAUGCGCGACACGGAGCCAGAGUCUUCAAGAUGAUCAGAAAGCCAAGACCAACUUUCACCAACGCCGAGCUCGAGCUGCAGCUCCAACAGAUAUCACUCGACGAGACGUCAUCCACCGUGGAGAAUUUGGAAUCCCUGACGCCCCUCAUCAAGUCGAUACAGGAAUCAGAAAGCGAGCAGCUCUACCUCCGCAGCCUCGACCGCUUUGUCGAGGAGAAGGAGAGUGAGAUCGAGAAGAUAUGCGAGACCAACUACGAGGACUUUGUGUCGUCGGUCUUGACAUUGUCAAGUGUCCAGCAGGGAACGGGCCACCUCAGGAAACGCAUCGCGGAGCUGGACGGACAGAUGGGCGAUGUCGGCCGGGCACUCGGCGAGAAGAAACGUGCCCUGCUAGAGCAGAAGAAGGUGGCGAGGAAUAUGGACGACGCGGUGGAGACGCUGCAGACGGGGCUGCGCCUGCUCGAUCUCGUCCAUAGGGUCGAAGACCUUAUCCGGCAACGCAAGUACUGGGGCGCCUUGAGGAUGCUAGAAGACCUCAGCCAUUUACCGCCCCCGUCGAUCAGUCAGACGCCAUUCUAUCUCCACCUAGUGUCGUCCCUGCCGUCGCUGCGCAUCUCAAUCAAGGACGCGGUGACUGCGACGACCAAGUCGUGGCUGUUUGAUAUUCGGGAAUCGAACUCUCUUGUCGGCAAGCUUGCUCUUGAAAACAUGACGGCACGAAUCAAGCGCUGGCGAACAAAGCGCGAAAAAGAUGGCGGUGUGCGCCUCGCUCGUAUUGGCGGUGCCCUGGAACUGGUUAGCAACGAGCGGAUAGAGUUUGAUCCCCAGGACAACAAUCAAAUAAGUAUCGACUUCCGCCCGUUGUACCAGUGCAUUCAUAUCUACGAGGCACUGGACUGCAAAGCCGAGCUCCAGAGGAACUACCAGGAGGACCGCAAGAAGCAGGCGACUCUUAUUCUCGACUCGCGUGCCACAACCACGGCAGAGACGUUACUCAACACUCUCCCCGACUUAAUGCAGGAGCUCGUGGGCUUCUUCAUCAUUGAAGCACAUGUUCUCCGGACGGUCGCCGACUUCCGAUCGCAGCGCGAUGUCGACGACCUCUGGGACGACAUGUGCGGGCGGAUCAUUGACAUUGUCGGCAGAGGGCUCAAGGACUGUGGCGAUCUCAAUGUCUUCUUAGAGAGCAAGUCGAACAUCCUCCUCUUUGUUCAGACUCUCGAGGGGCAUGGUUAUGAUACAACAGAGCUUAAUGGCCUCCUGAUUACCCUCUUCGAGCGCUACUCGGAGCUGUUGCUGCGCAAGUUCAGCACAGAGUUUGACGAGAUUGUUUCCGAGGACGACAACUUGCCGAUGGUCGUCAAUGACCAGUCCGAGUUUGACAAGGUGGCGGGCGUGUGCUGGCUCGCAACCGGUGAAGCCGAGUCUCUUGCACUCCAAAACUUCCCACAGCCCAUGCCGUUCUCUCAGACAUAUCCCAUGUGCUGCAUCAACAUCCGCAACUUUGUGGAGCAGUUCUACAAGUUUGCGGACGGCGUGACGCAGCACCAUCUUGAUAUCGACGAGGUUCUCCGCAGGUCACUUGACAGCCUCCUCAUCGACCACGUCAGCAAGCAGAUCGCUUCGCGUGUCAACGUGAUGAGCAAUCUGUCCCAGAUUGCCCAGGUUGCUGUCAACCUCGAGCACUUUGCUGUCGCUUGUGACGAUCUCGAGAUCUUACUCAUGGGACUACGAGCGUCACAGCGCGGUGGACCGAUCAAGCUAGAGUCGGCCAAGUCGUUUGCUGAAACGCUGGAGCUUGCGCAGAGCAGAAUCGAUGCCGUCAUCGCCUCCAAGCUCGAGUCCUUCUUCGAGCUCGCAGAGUACCACUGGAUGCCGAACCGCCCCCCACCCGCGAAUGUCGAGCCGAGCACAUACGUGUUCGAGAUGAUCACCUUCCUAACCGCUUAUGUCGACUCGGUGCUGAUCGGCCUGGGAGACGAGACCAAAACGAGAGCAUACCAGAGUGCCUUGUCACGCAUCAACCAGUGGUUCAUGGAGACGCUGUGUGGUAAGGACGUCCCACGAUUCAAUGAGUUCGCUCUUGAGUACGUGUUGGCCGACGUUGCCUUCAUCGAGACGGAGAUCCAGAGACUCGGCCGGCCCGGCCUGGAUCGGCUGUUUGACGAGGUCAAGCUUACGAUCAACAUUAUCAAGAGCGACGCAGUCAACGCGUUUAUGGAGCCGGCCAUUCGGCAGCUCUCAUACGCUGUUGUGCGGCCUGCCCGGCUAUCGGCCAUUCUAUCCAAGCUAGCCAAGGGGGCUCAGGUGGCUGGUGCCACUGCCAAGGCGGAGCGCCGUCGGGUGGAAGCGGAGUCGGUUUCAAGGCUGCGUUAAGACGAGUGACUUGUCUGUCCGCAGCAAGCAGCUACGUACUGCAGGUG